ACGGUUCCUUAAACCAUACUAGGGUAACAUCCAGUUACGAAGAUUAUUAACAUUUUCUACAUUUCGUUGCGUGAAACGCCAAACCCAGUAUAGCAGUGUUCAGAUAUAUACUCAGAUUUAAAGUGAGUGUUGUUUAACUUGGUGACGUAGCUUAGUAUUGCAAGAGCUUCUCCAUUUAACGUUAGCUGGACAGCUAAUGCUCGGCUUCUGCUGGAAAUGUUCAAAGCAAAAAUACUCUUUAUUGGUCCCAAUGAGAGUGGGAAAACAGUUCUUGCAAAUUUUCUCUCAGACACGACAGAAAAUGUGGGAGGUGAAUACAGACCUACUCAAGGAGUAAGGAUACUGGAAUUUGAAUCACAAUCUAAAGGCAGUGGUGACAACAUGGCAUGUGAGGUUGAACUUUGGGACUGUUCAGGAGAUUUUAAAUUUGAAUCAUGCUGGCCUGCACUGAUGAAGGACUCCAGCGGUGUGGUGAUCAUUUUUAAUCCCGAUGUUCCAAGUCACCUCAAAGAAAUAGAGACGUGGCACUCUAUGUUCAUCUCCUCUCAAGGUUUGCAGGACAAUCAGUGUCUACUCAUUGCUCACCACAAGCCCGGCAGCGGAGUAGAACACGGACGGCUGCCUUUAGCCUCACAUUUGAGCAGAAUGCCGCUUAUUCACUCCAACCUGGAGGAGGAACCAGAGGAUGUGAGGCGGGCUUUCCGCAGAUACGUGGGAAAUGUUGUAAAUACAAUGUCGGAAAGUCGAGAGCGAGAGGAGAUGUCUAUCAUUACAUAGCAACAAAAAUUCAUAAAAUAUGCAGCUUAAUGAAAAAACAUUUUGUUGGCAUCAGUAAUCUGUUUAAGUGACAUUCAUAAACACUUCCCAUUUUUCAGUGAUUAAUUCUACAUCUUCGCUGUCAUUCAGCUGUGCAUUAAAUCUUCCAAAACCCCCUGCAAACUUUUA